CCGAGAGCGUCUAGGAUGCUGCCAGGAUUCAGUCCCUCGAGCGUCGCUGUCCCGGAUUAAGCCUGCUGCAUGGCUUUCUUCCCCCUGAAUGCUGAAGCUUCUCCGGCCACUCGAUAGUGCCGGAGCGUUCGGAGAGGGUGGGCAACCCUGGCGCAUUCUCGGCCGGUUCUGGCCAUGCUCCAGCAAUCAAAUCGUCGCAAUUGAUCGGACUAGUCGGUCGUCUCAUUCGACCUCGCACCAUCUCGGACGAUGUCUCUACUAGAGGCCAUGUCUUGGGUUCACGGUCGAUCCCGAUUACAUCCGGAAAGUGCUUACAUCCGGGAUUACACAAUCUCCUGCGUCCGUCCAUCCCGCCUUUGCCAAGUGACCGCAUCGUAUUCCCCCUUGAUCGCAUUCCUGGUGACUCUCCAGAGUAAAAACUGUGAAAAUGGAAACAGACAAGAGCCAGCCCUCCAGUUCCGCCCCUCCUAGAUCCGAUUCACUGCCGAUCCUGAUUGUCGGGGCGGGAAUCAGCGGGCUCAUCCUCGCGCAGUAUCUUCGCCGAUCAGGGAUUGCCUACCAGAUCUUUGAGCGCGAUGCGUCGAUCGCCGCUCGAGCCGGCGGCUGGGGCCUCACUCUGCACUGGGCACUGCCUGCCCUCUACGAGCUGCUUCCCGAGGACGUCAAGGAACGGCUCCCGGAGACCUUUGUGAACAAGGAGGCCGUCAAAAGUGGCGACAAGGGUCGCUAUCAGUUCUUCGACCUGGCAUCGGGGGAAGCGCUGUGCAGUGUGCCUGCUGCUGAGCGCAUCCGCGUGAGUCGGUCUCGAUUCAGGCAGCUUUUGACUACGGGGGUCGAUGUCCAGUGGUCAAAACCCCUCCAAGACGUCCAGUAUCACGACGAUUCGGUCACCGUCCGCUUCGAAGACGGCACCUCGUACCAGGGUUCCAUCGUGGUCGCCUGCGAUGGUUCGCGCUCUCGUGUCCGCAGGUCUCUUUAUCCAUCGAACUAUCGCAACGCCCCCUUGCCCAUUCAAUUACUGGGAGCCACAACUCGCUACUCGGUCGACCAAGCGACUGCCGUGCGAGCACUCGACCCCUUCUUCUUUCAAGGAACGCACUCGGAGUCGAAUGUGUAUCUUUAUUUCAGCUUCCUCGACAGCCCCUUCAACUUCGACGACAGUCCAGAUGGAUACCUCUGCCAGGUCGUGGUCUCCUGGUCCAACGACCGGGGCGUCGACAUCCCGACUGGAACCACAGAGCGCAUCGCCUUGAUGAAAUCACUCACGGAAGACUGGGCAGAACCGUUCCGAUCCCUGGUUCACGACCUGCCCGACGACGCCGACGUGGUUCCCAUCAAUAUCGAGGACUGGAUGCAGAAGCAGGGAACGAAUGAGCAGCCGCGGGCGGUGUUGCUGGGCGACUCGGCUCAUUCGAUGACCAUGUUCCGCGGAGAAGGCGCAAAUAACGCUAUUGUCGACGUGCUGGAUUUCACGAAGAGGGUUGAUUUACAAUCUAUCAGCAAAUCAUCUUCCGCUUCGAUCCACGAAAGCAUACGGGCCUACGAAAAGGACAUGACUGCGCGAGCCGGUCCAUCCGUUGAAAACUCUCGUAAAGCCUGUCUUGAUGCACACGACUUUUCAAUUAUCAAAGCAGGGAACAGUCCUCUUGUUGCGCGGAGAGUGCUUAAAUAAGGAGUGUUGGUGGCUUACAUAGAAGGUCCAGACCAAUGCCCGUAGACGUACUGACGGUUUAGAAUAAGAUUAAUGAUGCUACUUGACUCAAUAAUACAAGUCCAUGGUGCUGUUAGGAAGAUAUUCUUAUGAAAACUCACUACGCU